UCGGUCAUUUUCUUUACUGAAUUUUUUGUGAACUUCUUGAUUAUUUCACAGAAGAUAAACCCUUUAUCACCGCCGGCGCCGGGGUUUUAGCAUUAUAUUAUUCUGCUGACCAAAACCCGUAAAAACUUUUUAUAACUUCCAACCAAAACUUCUUUCAUUAAUACUAGUUUAACACAAAUCUCAGUGAAAUUAGACCUAAUUGCUUAUUUCAAAUUUAAGUCACUUCCAACACCAGGCGAACUUUUACCAAAGACGCCGCCAAGCCGUUGCCUAUCGCGGCAACCGACUCGCCUCUGUUGAUAAAUAAAACGUUGUUGUGAAGAAUGAUAGCGGCAGUAUCAUGGGUGCCGAAGGGCGCAUCAAAGGCCGUGCCUGAUGAAGCUCAACUACCUUCAAAAGAAGAAAUUGAGGAGAUGAUAAAAAGUGGUGGUUUAGAAGAGGAAAGUGAACAUGGUCGUAGUGAGGAGGAUGGUGAAGACACGGAUAUUGAGGAUGUCGAGCAGACUGAUGAAGUCUCACAAGCUUUAGCUGUAGCAGAUGCACUUGGCAAAACUUCCAAAAAGAAUUCAGAAGCCAAAUUGGAUGAUAUAGCUGAUGGCUUGAAGGAACUUGACAUGGACCAUUAUGAUGAUGAGGAUGAAGGAGUUGAGCUUUUUAGCAGGGGGAUUGGGGACCUUUACUACCCAAGUAAUCAAAUGGAUCCACACCUGAAGGAUAAAGAUGAUGAGGACUCAGAAGACCUUGAGGAUCUGGUCAUUAAUGCAAAUGAUGCAGUUAUAGUUUGUGCACGUAAUGAGGAUGAUGUCAGUCAUCUUGAGGUCCAUGUAUACGAGGAAUCAAAUGAUGGUGAUGUAAACUUGUAUGUUCACCAUCAUAUUAUCAUUCCAGCAUUUCCUCUUUGCAUGGCUUGGCUUGAUUGCCCACUUAAAGGAGGAGAAAAAGGGAAUUUUAUGGCUGUUGGCUCUAUGGAACCUUCUAUUGAGAUAUGGGACCUUGACAUUAUUGAAGAAGUACAACCAUGUCUCAUACUAGGUGGCAUUGAUGAGGAGAAGAAGAUGAAGAAGAAGAAGAAGAAGAAAGGCAAGAAGUCGUCCUUUGAAUACAAAGAAGGGAGUCAUACUGAUUCAGUGCUAGGUCUUGCUUGGAACAAAGAGUUCAGGAAUAUCCUAGCCAGUGCAAGUGCUGACAAAACUGUUAAGAUUUGGGAUGUGGUUGAAGGAAAAUGUAGUUUUACCUUGGAGCAUCAUACAGAUAAGGUUCAAGCAGUUGCAUGGAAUCAUUAUGCACCCCAAGUUCUUCUUAGUGGAUCUUUUGAUCGUUCAAUUGUCAUGAAGGAUGCAAGGAUAUCUACGCAUUCUGGUUUCAAGUGGUCAAUUACAGCUGAUGUAGAAAGCUUGGCAUGGGAUCCACACAACGAGCAUUCAUUUGUGGUGAGUCUUGAAGAUGGUACAGUAAAAGGUUUUGAUAUCCGGAUCGCCAAAUCAGAUCCUGCUUCAGAAUCACAACCAAGUUUUACUCUGCAUGCUCAUGACAAGGCUGUUUGUAGCGUCUCCUAUAAUCCGUUAGCACCCAACCUUCUUGCGACUGGAUCUACUGAUAAAAUGGUAAAACUUUGGGAUUUGUCAAACAACCAACCUUCAUGUGUUGCAUCCAGGAAUCCUAAAGCAGGAUCUAUUUUUUCUGUUUCCUUCUCGGGGGAUAGUCCAUUUUUGCUGGCAAUUGGAGGGUCCAAAGGAAAUUUGGAGGUAUGGGAUACUUUAUCCGAUGCCGGGGUGUCGCAAAGAUUUAGUAAAUACAGCAAGUCCAACAGAGCUGAGACAUGAUCAAAGUAGAAGAUGUUUGUUUGCUGACAUAGAGAGCUUGUGUUUUUAAGAUUCCAAAUUUUGUUUUUCUUUUUCUGUAAGUUUAUCAUGUUUAAUGUAAUCGGAACAAGAACAUAAUGAAAGAUGGUAAAACAUGGGGAGAAAGGGUAAAUUAGAUGUUGGUAAAAAAACGAAAAUGGUUUUGUACCUGGUGCAAAGUAAUUUUAUAUUUGUGUUCCA